AUGCCAGGCCGUCAACCGGCCACACUUGGCGUCUCGGUCACGUUCUUCGCCAUCGCCACGGUUUUUGUGGCUUUGCGUUUCAUAUCGCGCGUGUUCGUAGUCAGGAGGGUCGCGCUACACGACUACUUGAUGCUGCUUGCAUGGGUUCUUGACUUCGGCUUUUCGCUCUCGUUGUUCUUUGCGAUCCACAAUGGACUCGGUCUGCACGCCAUCGACGUCCCUGCUGAAAAUGAGGCAGCUCUCAAUAAGGCUAACUAUGCUUUCACCGUCCUCUAUAGCCCGGCGCUGAUGGCCGUCAAAACCUCGAUACUCGUUUUCUAUAUGACCUUGACACGGAACCAGAAGGUGUUUCGCUAUGCAAACUAUAUCACGCUUGGGGUAGUCAAUGCAGCGGGCUUUGCAUUGACGCUGGUCAAUGUUUUCCAGUGUCGACCAGUAUCUGCCGCGUGGCGCGCCAACCUCCCGGCCGACGCGCAUUGUACCGAUAUUGUCACGCUCUAUUUAUCCUCGUCCCCCGUGAAUAUCAUCACCGACCUGGCGAUUUUGUUUCUUCCAAUGCCGAUUCUGACUCAGAUGCGCCUUCCAAAGAAACAAAAGAUCAUUCUGGUCAUCACGUUCAGCUUUGGUUUCUUCGUGGCCGUCGUCGAUGUCAUUCGAAUUGCUUUCCUCCAGCAAGCCGCUACCUCGCGCCAGGUCGCAUUGAAGUCCCUUCACAUUCAGAACGUUGGCACUGCGGACUUUAGCUGGUAUGCGUCGCUUUCCUUCAUGUGGUCCGUCGUCGAGGUCAACGUGUCUGUGAUUUGUGGAUGCGUUCCGAGUUUGAAACCUCUUGUCGCUCGUGUUCUACCUAAAUUGAUCAAAGGCACCAACGACGUGUCAGAUCCAACACCACACCGCUACGCAACCGGAGAGGCUCCCGUUGCUAUACCUCCGCCAGUUGCGAUUCCAGAUUCCGACUCGAAUCAAUCACCAGCGGACAGUGAGAGCAAACCUUCACCACCAAGACACGGCAGCGUCUCAACUCGCCGCAGAAGCUCCAACGCCCCUAUCACUAUGCUAGACUUCCUGGGCCAUCCUCCAACGGGUCCCCAAGAUACGGAGUCUAAUACCCAAACCAACCAAACCAAUUCAUCAUACCCUCAUAUCACUUUCUUUGAUUUCGUCAACAUGAAGUCCCCAGAGAGCAUGCUGAAGCUGAACAACCGAGAGUCCAUAGCUCCGAUUGCAAUCACAACCCUACUGUUCUUCCUCUGGGGCUUUGCCUAUGGCUUUCUUGACAUACUGAAUACCCAAUUUGCGACGGUUGUAGAGUUGGACACUUGGCACUCAUUGGGCCUACACGGCGCAUACUUUGGAGGCUAUGUAGUGGGCCCACUGUUAAUCGGUCGCCCGGUUUUGAAAACUUGGGGUUUUAAGUCUACCUUCAUCACUGGACUGUGCAUCUACGCGUGUGGGUCACUCAUAUUCUGGCCUUCCGCCGUACUCACAUCUACCCCCGCGUUCACGAUCUCGAAUUUUGUUGUUGGUCUUGGUCUUGCGGUUUUGGAAACGGCUGCCAAUCCGUUCAUUGCCUUGUGCGGACCUCUGGAGAACUCGGAAAUCCGUCUGAACAUCUCACAGGGUGUGCAAGCCAUUGGUAGUGUCUUGUCUCCUCUUUUGGCACAGAGAGUUCUAUUUAAGAAUGUCCAGGAUGUUGCAUCUCUGGUCAAUGUCCAGUGGACUUAUCUUGGUAUUGCUCUCUUCGAUGUGCUUCUCGCAGUGGCUUUCUACUAUCUGCCAAUCCCUGAAGCCUCAGAUGAAGAUUUGGAAGAAUUGGCGAAUCGACGCCGAGACGUUAACAGGGCCAAGGUCGUCGGUAUUCCAGUCGUCUGGCUCACCCUUGGCCUAGGAGUCUGGUCGCAAUUUUUUUACGUGGCAGGCCAAGAAGUCCUUGCCACCAGCCUCGAGCGCUUUGUCAUUGCUGCGAAACCGGACUCUUCUUUGAGUCCCUUUGAUUUUCUGACCAUUGGCCAAAGCCUAUUCGCAAUAGGCCGUUUCCUAGCUGCAUUUGCGCAAUGGUUCUUGAAACCCCGCUGGAUUCUCAUGGUGGCCUAUGUUGGCAUGAUUGUCUUCUCGGUGCUCUGCAUGAAAACCACUGGCUCUACAGCCGUUGUGAUGGUCAUGAUGGUAUAUCUCUUCGAGAGUGGCGUCUACAGCAUUGUAUUCGCCCUCUCCCUACGUGGAACUGCUCGACACACUAAGACCGCCUCUGCACUCCUCGCUAUGGGUACCUCCGGUGGCGUCUUCUUCCCCUUUGCAGAAUAUGCUGCGUACAACGCGCGUGGGGUGUCAUAUUCAUUCUGCGUUCUUGUCGCUGUCUUCGCUACUGGCGCAAUCUUCCCAAUAUACCUCAACUUGGUACCCGCAGUGAAGAAGCAAGUCGAUCCAAUUCCAAAUGAGUACCUACGUCGUCAUCGUCGCCGCAGCCGCGCCCCAGUAGGCGCAAUACGCCGCGAGAAAGAAAACCAGUCCAGAGGCGGCGUUCUCUCUCGCCGACGAAGCUUAGUCUCCAACCCAGACGAUCUACCCGACCUCCCCUUCCCAGGCGACACACACCAACUGCCUUCUUCUCGACGCCUUCACUCCAAAUCUAGCUCGACCUCGACCUCUCAGGAUAAUUUCCAAUCCUCUAAUGACUCUUCAACCCAUCGAAACUCUUCCAUCCCUGAAUGA